AUGGAGACGAUACGCCGUUUUCAAAGCUCUUGCUAUGAUUUUGGGAGAUCGGUGGUAGAAUGGCGAUCACCUCUCACCGCUCCCUAUCUCAUGCUCAUUAAUUCGGCUUUUUGGGCGACUAGUCUUUAUGCUGAUCGAAUGACUCAACUUCAAGCACUUCUUUCAUUUUCCGCAUUCGUCUUUGGAUGGGAUGUUUUAUUGUCACCGACUCACGAAAGAAACAUUGCAACGCAUAUGCUCUUUUGGCCUGUGCAAUCAUUGUGGCGGACAUUUGGCGUUUCGUUGAAUCUCUACAGUGCUCACGUGCUACGAGUCGGACUUGCUGAACGAGCUUUCUGCUCAGCCUAUUGUGCACUGGCAUGUCUCUUGAUAAAUCCUGUUUGGAACUAUUAUGAUACAAAUCAAAAAAUCGCCAACACCAUCACGUACUCAGGAAAACAGGUGUAUGCUUUUUUACAAAAGGCGGUCAUUCAACCGUUUCUUGUGGUUGCUAGGGCAAUCAAGUACGUCGUUUGCUUUCAAUUUGUGCCACCAAUGUUGGCCGCGAUUCGGCAAGCUUUUAGCUCGACGGGUGGUGGGAUUAAGGGUCUAUGGAUGGCUUUCUAUUCGUGGAUUUGUGCCGGUUUAGUCGCCAUUGCUAAAUGGUGGCGAACAUGCGUUUUGACACCAAUUGGAAACGGUUUCCGAAAACUCGGCCAAUUUCUUCGCUAUUGGCUUUGUGCUCAUUGGUGGCCUGACUUUUGUGCAUGGAUGAAAUUGAAGUUCGGUCGCCCACUACAAAGGCUUUUCAAUUAUGUUUGUUUCUGUUUGGUUUACGUCGUUUGUGGGCACUGGAUUCGACCAGUUUCACGUUUUGUUUGGAAAUACCUUUGCGUGCUUGGAGGGUUUCUUCAUCGAAAUGUGUUGACACCGAUGAAAAUAAAACUAUUGGAAUGGGGACACGAGGUGUCAGUGUUGACAAAGCGACUUCUUCAUCAAGCCGCUCUCGCCAUUCGAGAUUCAGUUAUUUGGCCAAUUUGCUUGGCAAUAGUUGACGCUGGGAAACAGGUGUAUGCUGUUAUUUAUCGAACUUUUAUUCAGCCAGUGAUCGACUAUUUUUAUGUGCGAUACAAGAAAAUCGAAGAUGUUGCCUACAUCUAUGUUCUUGGUCCAGUGUGUGAGAAAGUGAUCAAAAACAUUCCGGAAAAGUCGCCAUUCUGUGAUGACUCUGACGAGGAACUAGAAGGACUACUGCCUGAAGAGUUCAGCGGUGAUGAGGAGGAGAUUGUAACUCCCGCAACUCCGGCGGUAGCACCAGUUGCCCAGGAACCACCUCUUCGUCCCUCUGUAUCACAAACAAUACGCAAACCAGUGGAACUUCCAAUUCAAACACAAAAACCAGUUGAAGUUCAAAAGCCGGUGACACCGAAGAAAGAGAAGCAGAACGAGGUUCCCGAAGAAGAGGACUUGCUACCAGAUCUUGAGUUUGAAAAUGACGACGAUGAUCACGAGUUUGCGAUUGGCUUGUCAUUUCCGGCAAUUCAUGCAAGCGAGAGUUCAGACGAGGAGUUUGAUCUGAACAAGGGAGCUCCUCGAGUGAGACGUCCAAAAAAGCCGAAGGUAUUGCGCGUGAAAGAAGAAGAGCAUGUGAUUGAAGAAGAAGAGCUUGUACCAAAGAGACGAAGUCAAAAGCCUCGUGCGGUUUUGACUCAAUCGGAGCCCAUAUCUCAACCCCAGAAGCCCAUCAAUCCCGAUGAUCAUUUUGAGCUUCUAGGA